CAAAAGAUAACUGAUGAUUUGGGCUUGACGUACUAGACGUGGCAUGCAUGUCCUAGAAGUUGUAUGUUGUUUAGAAACGAGCAUGCAAAUCUUGAUGCUUGUGUCGUAUGUGGUGAAUCUAGAUGGAAAGUGACUAUCACUAGAUCAAAAACUGGCAAGAAAUGUGGUAAAAAAAAGGGCUGCAAAACAAAUGAGGUAUAUCCCUUUGAAGUCAAAAUUGCGAAGGUUUUUUACGUCAUUCGAAACAGCCAAGCUCAUAAGUUGGCAUGCUGAUGGACGAACCAAUGAUGGUGUUCGUAGGCAUCCUGCUGAUGCUCCUACAUGGAAGGAAUUUGAUCGUCGACAUGUCAGGUUUGCUGGUGAUAUUCGAAACAUAAGACUUGGGUUAGCAUCAGAUGGAUUCAAUCCAUAUGGAACAAUGAGCAUAACUCAUAACACUUGGCCUGUCAUGUUGGUCAUGUACAAUCUACCACCAUGGCUGUUCAUGAAACAACCUUCUUUUUUUUUGUCUUUGGUUAUUGAUGCCCCAAAGGGACCAGGCGAUAAGAUUGAUGUGUAUUUACAGCCAUUAAUUGAGGAGCUAUUGGAAUUAUGGAAUGAAGGAGAACUCACGUUUGAUGCAUCAACCAACCAAAUGUUUCAAAUGCAUGUAGCUUUGAUGUGGACAAUCAAUGAUUUCCCCGCAUAUGCCAACUUGUCAGGAUGGAGUACCAAAGGAAAAUUUGCUUGUCCUUCAUGCAAUAAAAACACAGUAUCUUGUCGGUUGAAACAUGAUAAAAAGCAAUCCUACAGGGGUCAUCGCGGAUUCUUACCAAGUGAUCAUAAAUUUCGAAAGGAUAGAGUGUCAUUUGAUGGAACACGGGAAUGGAGAAGCAAGCUUAAACCGUUAUCUGGAUCUGAGUUGCUGAAUCAAAUUGAAUCAGAAGGCAUCCUUACCCAAUACAAGAUAUUUGAUCUUAAGGUACGGUUUGAGAGAUUAAAAGCAAAAUAAUCCGCUACAUCUUCAGACCACAAUUGGAAAAAGAAGAGCAUAUUUUUUGAGCUACCAUACUAGGAAUUCAAUUUAAUCAGACACAACAUGGAUAUAAUGCAUGGGGAAAAGAACUUUUGUGACAAUAUAUUAUGGACAAUACUUGGAAUUGUAGGAAAAUCUAAGGAUAAUCCUAGUGCUAGGCAUGAUCUAGAAUUUCUAAAUAUUACAAAGUCGUUGCAUUUGCAGUCAAGAGGGUCCAAGAAAGCAUAUAUGCCACCAGCACAAUUUACAAUGAGCAAAGAAGAAAAGAAGAUAUUUCUCAAAGUAUUAAAGGAAGUUCGAAUGCCAGAUGAUUAUGCAUCGAAUAUCUCAAGACGUGUGCGCCUAGACGAUACAAGUAUUGGGGGACUUAAGAGUCACGACAACCAUAUUCUAAUGCAACAACUUAUACCUAUUGCCAUUCGAAAAGCGUUGCCUAAGAAGGUGGUUGAACCCUUGAUUGAAUUGGGAAAUUGUUUCAGACAACUGUGCUCCAAAGUUAAUCGUGCUUCAGACUUGGAAUAUCUUGAAGAUCGUUUUGUAGUGACGUUGUGCCAUCUUGAGAAAAUAUUUCCUCCAUCCUUUUUUGAUAUAAUGGAACACUUAGCUGUACAUUUAGCUGAAGAAGCAUUAAUUGCUGGACCGGUUCAAUUUCGAUGGAUGUAUCCAUUCGAGAGAUUCCUUCUUACGUUGAAACAAUAUGGGCAGAAUAAAGCUCAUCCGAAGGCUUCAAUAGUUAAAGGUUACUUGAUGGAAGAUUGUAUGAAUUUUUGUGCGCAGUAUUUGAAUGAUGUGGAAACAAAAUUGAAUCGUCCAGCGAGGAACUAUGAUGGCUGUGUUAGUAUGGGUCGGGGUGUGGGGGAAAACACGAUAUUUCACCUUGAUGAUAGAGAAUGGAUACAAGCUCAUCGAUAUAUUUUGUUCAACACUAGUUCAGUUGCACCUUUCAUUACGAAGCACCUUGAAUUUCUGAAAAGUAAGAUGCCUCGAGCUGAUGAUCAUCAAAUUCAACGGGAGCAUUUUAAAACAUUUCAUGCUUGGUUCAAGGACCAUGUCCAACUUUUGCUGAGAACAAGCAACCCCACAUUUUCUGAAGAAAUCCGUAAGUUGGCUAUUGGUCCUCAUACCAUCGCAAGGAUUUUUAGUGGCUAUGUUAUUAAUGGGUUUCAUUUUCGUGUGAAAUCUAUUGAUGACAAUCGUUCAACUCAAAAUUGUGGUGUAGCUUUAAAAGCAAAUACAUUGAGUUAUGCGAGUAGGAAAGACAAAAAUCCUCGGGUAGGACCAGUAUACUACUAUGGAUGGCUCACUGACAUUGUGGAAAUUCGAUACACUAAUGAUACAAAAUACGUUAUGUUCAAGUGUGACUGGAUUGAUAAUAUUCAUGGGAAGAAAGAAGACGCCUUCAAAUUUACAUUGGUCAAUUUCAACCAUUUGUUGUACUGA